GACAUUCUUACAAACCAAAAGAGACCGGAGUGGUUGUGGGCUUGUGGUUGUGGCGAUGGGGGUGCGCGCGCAUCUCCUCGUCGUCCUUUGCAUCCUCGUCGCCGGCACAAGCACGGCUCAGCUUUUGCCGCCGCGCGGCCCGGCACCGCAGAUGAAGCCACCGCCGUUCGGGCGCGCCAUGACGAUGAUCAUCACGGUGGUCGCCGUGGCCAUCGGCGUUCUCUUCCUCCUGCUCUUCUUUUGCGCGUACGUCACCCAGUGCCGCCUCGUCGAGGACCACGGCGCGCCGCAGGAGGGUAGCGUCGCGCCGGGCGGGGUGUCCAGGCGGGGAAAGCGCGGGCUGGACCCGGCGGUGGUGGCGACGUUCCCGAUCGUGCCGUACAGGGAGAUCAAGGAGCACAAGAUCGGCAGUGGCGCGCUGGAGUGCGCCGUGUGCCUGACGGAGUUCGAGGACGCCGACGACCUCCGGCUGCUGCCGCACUGCUCGCACGCGUUCCACCCGGAUUGCAUCGACCCGUGGCUCCAGACGCGGACCACGUGCCCGCUGUGCCGCGCCAACCUCGAGAAGCCACCGCCACCGGCUGCCGCCCCAGCGCCCUCCUCGCCGCCGCAUGCCGUCGUGGCGAUGCCGGUGCAGCAGGGUGAGCAGAAGGAGGACAGUGACAAGGACGACCGGAAGGAGGAGGCCGCAGAGCUGGAGAAGCUGCGCAGGGAGCGCCGGGCGGCGAGGCUGCUGAGGUCGCACUCGACGGGGCACUCGGCGGAGCAGUGCGACUGCGAGGACCACGAGAGGUUCACGCUGCGGCUGCCGCAGCACGUGAGGGAGGAGGUGCUCAGCAGGUGCUGCGCGAGGCCGUCUGUGGAGAGCCUGAGCGGAGGAGGGUGCGGUGUGGGAGAAAGAGGAGGCAGCUUCCGCGACGCCGGAGGAGCCAGCAGCGGCGAGCGGCGGUGGCAGACGCUCCUGGCCAGGACGAUGCCAUGGGCCCGAGCCGGGUCGACGCGGAAGGUGCGGGAUGACGUCGCGGCCUCCACGACGGCCGCGCGGCCAUGACCCAGACGACGUCGACGCCGGAACAUUUCGUGUGCUCUUUCCGUUGACUCUGAUGGUGUACAUUGAUUCUUUUGUAAUUCCGUUGGGUGUGGUGUGGGAGGCAAUUCGAUCACAGAG